AUGGAAGAUUAUGGGAUGCACUUUUCUCCAGACUCGUGGAGUUACGACAGCGACCCUGAAGGGAGUCUGUCCUUGGAAGAACUCGCUACAUGGGCAGAGAGUGCUCUUGAAAAGGAGCUGAACAACAAAACUACUGAUACGUCUGAGGCUGUCUCAGAGCAGAAACAAGAUUUUGCUGUCCCAAGAAGCCAGGAUGGCAACAUCACUGCCACUCUGCACGAUCCCAGCACUGCUCCAGAGAAACCUAAAGGAAAGGCCCGGAUGGUGUUCACAGAGAGACAGUUGAAUAUUCUUGUCCAUCACUUUAAUGCGAAACGUUACUAUGACCCAAGGGAGAUGAAACAGCUGGCAGAGAUGACAGGACUGACCUACAAACAGGUAAGAACUUGGUUUCAAAACAGACGGAGUAAGUUUAGGAGGAGUUCACAUCCUCAGCAUGUGAAUCAGGGCGUCCCACUUCAUUUUCAGGGAGAGGGACAGCCCCCACUCAGGGAGUCGUACACUCAGCACCUAGAGAUGAAGUUAAUCACAAAUGGUGCAAAUUAUCAGGCCCCCUAUCAUCAUGCUGUGGGCAAUUUUGCGGCUGGACCUCAAUGGACCUUCCCCAACUCGCCCCAGAUCUUUGGCUGGUCAAUGCCACCAGGCAACGGCAAUAAAGGAGGCUGGAAGUAUGAGACAGAUAAUCUAAAGAAUCUGGAGCUUUCAAAUGGAUCUCAAAGAUUUUCCCAGGAAUACCUCAAAUAACAUCCCUAGCUCAAAGCCCUAGCUUUGAAUACUUCAUCUUAAGAAACCUGAGAUAAUACUGUGGCGAGCUCAGUCACGGAGGAGACAAAGGUUUCUUUGGGAGCACCCGUUUAUUUUAUAACCGGCCCAGAACACUGCCGCUACCUCCCUCCUCAGCGCGGCAACAACAUAAACAACAAGAAAAGGCGCUCUCUCACCGGAAACACAGU